AUGGUACCGACUGCUAAGCGCAACAACACCCCCGAGCUCCAGUUCCCAAGCUUCCUCACGCAGCUCAAAGCCCCGCCUUCGAACGAGGACCCAAUGCGUUCCGACGAGCAGCAGUGGUCGUCGCCCACGAGCAUCACGACCAACCCGACGGAUGCCACGACAACCACGUCGCAGCCGCUGCCCAGCUUCACGCUGGACCAGCACACCAACCACUACUAUGUCAACGCGCCGGGCGACAAUCUGCCGCCGCCGCGCAACCCGAGCAGCUUCUCCACGCCCACGGGCUACUACUCACAGCAGCUCCUUCCUCCGCGCGACCCGCAGACGACGUCGGCGCCCGCGCAAUGGUCCACGUCGACCUACAGCGCCGGCGCACCGAUGGGGCUCAAUGGAUACCUGCACCAGCAGCCUCCGCAGCAGCCGGCGCUGCACCCGCUCGUGCUCCAGCACAGCGAGCCGAUGCCGCGCUCCAACGACGAGGACCUCGCCCUCGAUGCGCAGAUGCUCCGUGAACUGGUGCAGGAGAUGCCUGGCCAAACACCGGUCAACGCACAGCAGCACCACAACCAGCAGCAGCAUUCGACCCAGCCUCGCGCGCAGAUGCCCGGCCUGCAGCUCCUCUUCGCGUCUCCCAUGAACUCAAUGAACUCGACCGACAUGAGCGCGUCGGUGGCCCAGACGCAGCCGACCCCGGGAUUCUACAGCGCCGCCAUGGGCUUGACCAACGCCCCCGCAGACAUGCUGCUGACCAUGAGCCAGACGCCUGCGCCGCUUAGUGCCGCGCCGGUGGCCCCCAUCUUCCCGCCCAUGAACACACAGGACCGGACGUUGCCUGGCACGCUGCCUCUCACUUCGGGCGCCGUCGGAUUGACUGGCGCUUAUGACCCGCUCGCUGCGGCGGGCGCAAUGGUGCCGCCUCCCGUUCUGCCGCGCAAGAAGCGCACGACCGCCACUCGCAUCUGCAAGGUCGAGGGCUGCACCAAGGGCAUCCGCUCGCGCGGACUGUGCAAGGCUCACGGCGGCGGCCGGCGGUGUACGACGCCCGGCUGCACGACCAGCGACCAGGGCGGAGGCCACUGCGUGCUGCACGGCGGAGGCCGCCGCUGCCGCAUCGAGGGCUGCAAGAAGUCGGCCCAGUGGCGCGGCGUGUGCAAGAUGCACGGCGGCGCGCGCCGCUGCCGCUACGGCCAGUGCACCAAGAACGGCCAGGUCAAGCAGGGCUACUGCCGCAUGCACCACAACCUGCUCACGGCGCAGCGCCAGCAGCAGGAGCAACUGCAGGCGCAGCAGCAGCAACAGUUGCAGCACCAGCACUUGCAGGCGCCCCAACUGCCCCCGGUCGCCGCAGUCCCCGUCAAGCUCGAAGGCAUAUAA